UCUCGCACAACGGAGAUUUCCUUUUGUUAGCGUCUGGACAGAACUGAAAGCAAGCCAGACGCUAAAGCAAAGGGCAUGAUGGCUAAGAAGCCCCCAAAACCUGCCCCUCGCAGGAUCUUCCAGGAAAGGAUGAAGAUCACUGCUCUGCCCCUGUACUUUGAAGGUGUUUUAUUAGUCAAACGGUCUGAUUCCCAGGAGUACAAACACUAUUGGACAGAGUUGAGAGGAACCACACUUUUCUUUUAUACCGACAAAAAAAGUACAACUUAUGUCGGCAAGUUAGACAUAAUAGACCUCGUAUGCCUUACCGACCAAAAUUCAACAGAAAAGAACUGUGCAAAAUUCACUCUUGUUUUGCCUAAAGAGGAAGUACAACUAAAGACAGAAAACACAGAAAGUGGGGAAGAAUGGAGGGGCUUCAUUCUUACAGUAACAGAGCUGUCAGUUCCUCACCAUGUAUCCCUGCUACCUGGACAAGUGAUUAGACUGCACGAAGUCUUAGAGAGAGAAAAGAAAAGAAGGACUGAGACAGAACAGCUGCCAAGUCUGCCUUCGGAGAAAGAGAAGGAGCCAGUACAAGACUACGAGGAUGUACUGAACCCUAUGCCAGUAUGUUUCUAUGCAGUUUCCAGGAAAGAAGCCACUGAGAUGCUGGAGAAGAACCCUUCUUCGGGAAAUAUGAUCCUGAGGCCUGGUAGUGACAGUAAAAACUACUCCAUCACGAUCCGGCAGGAGCUAGAAAUGCCAAGAAUCAAGCACUACAAAGUGAUGAGCACUGGAAAGAACUACACCAUCGAACUGGAAAAGCCCGUAACACUCCCAAACCUUUUCAGCGUCAUUGAUUAUUUUGUGAAGGAGACCAGAGGGAACUUGCGACCCUUUAUACAUUCAACUGAUGACAACCUUGGUCAAGAGCCCAACAUAGAAGAGAGAAGUGAGAAGCUUAAGAAAAGCCCACACAAAGCAUGAAAUAACAUGAAACCGCCUUCAUGUUUCUUGGUAUUUAUUAUUUUCAAAAGGAAGACUUUCAUGUUUAAAGAAAACAGUCUCUAUUUCCUUGACCCUAGUGUCUAAAUCACUCAUUUGGGCACAAGAAUAAAAUGAUGCAGCACGCAGGAGAACAAUUUGCUGGUUACCACCAGUUGUCUGUAGAGUACCUUGAUAAAUGCAUUUCUCUU